GCAGCCGCAGGCAGCGCUCAGGACCCUCCCACCAUGGCCUGGCUUCCCCUCUACCUCCUGCCCCUCGUCGUCUCCACAGGUCUCUGUGCUCUGCCUGUGCUCACCCAGCCCCCAUCUGCCUCUGCCGCCCUGGGGGCCUCGGCCAAGCUCACCUGCACCCUCAGGGCUGAGCACAGCAACUACUUUAUUCGGUGGUUUCAGCAGAGACCAGGACAGGCCCCUCGGCUGGUCAUCUAUGAUGAUAGCAAACGACCCUCAGGGAUCCCUGACCGAUUCUCAGGCACCAACUCGGGGAACACGGCCACCCUGACCAUCAGCGGGGCCCAGGCCCAGGACGAGGCGGACUAUUACUGUCAGUCCGAGCCUCAGUCACCGUGGUAUGUCUUCGGCGGCGGGACCCAGCUCACCGUCCUAGGUCAGCCCAAGUCUGCACCCUCCGUGUCUCUGUUCCCACCAUCCGCUGAGGAGCUCGCCAACAACAAGGCCACACUGGUGUGUCUCAUGAGUGACUUCUACCCGGGCAGUGUGACGGUGGCCUGGAAGGCAAAUGGCACCCCCGUCACCCAGGGCGUGGAGACCACCAAGCCCUCCAAGCAGAGCAACAACAAGUACGCGGCCAGCAGCUACCUGAGCGUGUCCAGCCAAGACUGGAAGUCCGCCAGCGCCUACAGCUGCCAGGUCACGCACGACGGGAAGACCGUGGAGAAGACAGUGGCCCCCUCAGAGUGCUCCUAGGACCUGAGUCCCCACUUCUGGCAACACUUCUCUGUCAGACACUCCCUUCCCCCGCUCCCCACUGUCUCCCUGCGGCUCCUGCCCUGGUCGCUCAGACUGGGCAGGUCGCCAUCCCUCCCUGUUUCCCCUUCUCCUGAAUAAACUGUCAUUUCUC